AUGUCCAAGGUUGAACAGAUCAGAAAAGACUUGAAUGAAAUCCAUACUGGGUAUGGGAUGAUGAGCUUGACAUGGGCCGCUAAAGUAGUCCCAGUCCAGCAAAGUCACGAGGCUAUGAAGAAAGUCGUCGACUUGGCCAUUGAAAACAAUACCAAGGCGUUCUUCAAUGUGGGCGAAUUUUAUGGCCCGGAUUUGGUGAACUUGAAACUGGUAAAAUCAUUCUUUGAAAAAUACCCAGAAUUGAGAAGCAAAGUUAUCAUCAGUUGCAAAGGUGCAUACAACAUUGAAACUUUCCAGGCAACUGGAAAGUAUGACGAAGUCAUUGCCAGUAUCAAACGGUGUUGUGAUGCAGUCGGUGGUUACAUCGACAUAUUUGAACCGGCUAGACUAGACCUUUCCAUUUUGAAGGAGGGCGAGGUGUAUCCAAGGGAAUCGUUCGAGGCUCAGGCCAAAAUGAUUGAGGAAUCGUUCAUCGGGGCAAUCUCCUUGAGUGAAGUCACUGGAGAACAGAUUAGAGCUGUUGCUAAGGACUGGGGCAAAUAUCUGGUCUGUGUUGAACUUGAGCUGUCCAUGUUCAGUAGAGACAUCUUGAUCAAUGGUACUGCGAAAGCGUGUAGUGACCUAAACUUGACAAUCAUCUGCUACUCGCCACUGGGGAGAGGAUUGUUGACCGGUACAGUGAAGGCCAAGGCACCUCCAAAGGGUGAAUUCAAGGCAAUGUUGAAGCGGUUCCAAGGUGAUGCCUUGGAACACAACCUGCUACUGGUACAAUUUCUACAGGAAGAGAUUGUUGACAAGCGCCCAAAGGACCAACAAAUCACUCUACCACAACUGGCCUUGGGUUGGGUUAAAAAAUGGCAGAGAUCUAAGACGUUCCCAGGGGCUAACUUCAUUCCAAUUCCUUCUGGAUCUUCUGCUUCAAGAGUUGCCGAGAACUUCGAUGAAGUUAAGGGCAAGAUUACAGAAGACGAAUUUGCCAAGAUUAACGAGUUUUUGGAACAUUUCGAAGUUAUUGGUGACAGAGAAGAGAUGAAUGUAUAG